ACUGUGCAACAUCCAAAUGAGCCCCAACGGCAGCUAUGGUUCCUACCUUUGGUUCCUACUAGGAGACGUUGGAUGGUUCUAGCGUAAAAAAACGAGGGAACAUCGCCAUCUUUUGGAGAAGAUUAAGACACGAUUUAUUUAUUUUGGUUUUCCAAUUGAUUUGAUUUUUAAAACAGAUUUCCUAAUUAUAGACUUCGUUGUUUGUAAAUGUAGCUAGACGUAACGCUAGCUAACGUUUGUGCUUUAAAGACAACCGUUACUCAGUGUAAAUGGCGAAACGUUUCUUUUGUGCACCAAGCCCAAGUAUAAGUUUCAAGUUUCGAGAAGCCUCUUUUGACCUACUCACAGAUUGUCUUGUCAAUCUCAACAAGAGAAACAAAGAUAACCUGAACAGUUUAUCCAAAUGUAGCGGAAACUUCAAAGAUAAAAGAUUAAUGGAACCCAUCUUCCUGAUGACUAAAGAACUAAGACUUGAUCCCCUGGCAGGAUACCAUGCCGUCGAAUUACUUCAAAGGUUUAUGGUCAAGCACCUCACAGAUUUGUUGAGCACACCCACACCUCAAGGUGCAGCGGCUGAUCAACCAGAAAGUUAUGAGGAUGCUGUGUUUGACAAGCUCAAAGAGAAAUUCCCCCUUAUCGUCUUCUCCUGUGUGCAACUUGCAAGCAAACUCUUUUUACACAGUCAAAUUAUCGACAACAACACUGCUGUACGCUUUCUGCAUUCAGUGGGCCACAGUGUUUCCAAGCAGACGGUCCUGGAAUCAGAGCUGAUGGUUUUAAAAGGGCUUGAAUACAGACUAAAUGCUCCUAACCCACUGACAUAUGUGGAAAUCCUUCUGGAUGUGCUUGGACACAAUGAGCCAUCCAUCCCUGUGGAGCAACUGUAUGAACUGUGCCACCAUGUUCUCCAGUACGUCAGCCUACAGAGGACUGCCAUCUACGACUCCUUGUUAGAGACCACCACUCAGUGUGUCAACCCACCCAGAGAACAGAGAGAGAAGUUUGUGACAGUGACUGAAGACUGCAUGCUUCUUGGUGUUGGUGUCAUCGCCGUGGCUACAUUCAUCCUCUGUGUCAGGAAACUGGAACAGGUUGUGGGAGAACUGAGCCACAUCACAGGAAUCUCAGCGAGAAGCAUCGGCGAUUUUGCUAAUGUGACGUUGAUGCACAUUGUUAAAACCGGUUCCCCUGUAUCACCAACUUCAGUCUCAAUAACACUCAUUCACUGAAUCCUGCUUUAUACUUUCAGUGUUAUGUUGUGCAUUAUGUUGGUGCAGAACAUGGACUUAAUCAGCUGAUUGGGUUGAGACAAAGCAACAUAUGUGUACUGAAAUAUCUGAUGUAAUGAAAGAAUAAUUCACUUAUAAAUAUUGUAUUAAACAAUA